AUGGAGCCGCGCGCGGGCGGGGCAGAGAAAAGCCACCUCCUCAACGGGGUGGAAGGCAGGUCGUACUUGGGCGUCUCGGGGGUGAAGCUCCAUGGCUCAGUGGUUGGCUGCGUUCCGGAUCUCGCCUCCAUCGAACUGGGCCUGAAGGGCAGCCAGCACUGCCAUUCCAGCUGGGCCUUGGGCAACGGCUACGAUGCUGAGAAGGAGAGAGCUCGGCGGAAGCUCUACCUCGCCUCCGGCAUCUGCUUGGUCUUCAUGACGGGGGAGGUUGUGGGGGGAUACUACGCCCACAGCCUGGCCAUUAUGACGGAUGCCGCCCAUCUACUGACCGACUUCGCCAGCAUGAUGAUCAGUCUUUUCUCUCUCUGGAUGUCGUCUCGGCCACCCACCAAGACCAUGAAUUUCGGCUGGCAUCGAGCAGAGAUUUUGGGAGCCCUGCUGUCUGUGCUGUCCAUCUGGGUGGUGACCGGCGUCUUGGUGUACCUGGCGGUGCAACGGCUGCUCUCGGGCGAUUACGAGAUAGAAGGGGAUGCCAUGCUCAUCACCUCCGGCUGUGCGGUGGCAGUAAACAUCAUAAUGGGAAUCGCCCUUCACCAGUCAGGGCACGGUCACAGCCAUGACAAUGGGAGGCAGAACACCAGCGUCCGGGCUGCCUUCAUCCAUGUGGUUGGGGAUCUUCUACAGAGCAUUGGAGUCUUGGUGGCAGCCUACAUAAUCUAUUUCAAGCCGGAGUACAAAUAUGUGGAUCCCAUCUGUACCUUCCUGUUUUCCAUCUUGGUCCUCGGAACAACACUGAGCAUCCUCCGAGAUGUUGUCCUUGUACUAAUGGAAGGUACCCCAAAGGGUGUGGAUUUCAACGCUGUGAAGACCAUCCUCCUGUCUAUAAAUGGGGUGAAAGACCUUCACAGCCUCCAUAUAUGGGCUCUAACAGUGUCUCAUCCAGUGCUGUCUGUCCACAUUGCAAUCAAUGAAGACGCAGAUGCACAGGCUGUCUUGAAGGAAGCGAGUUCUCGGCUGCAAAGAGCCUUCAAGUUCCAUACCACGACCAUCCAGAUAGAGAACUACUCCGAGGAUAUGAAAGAUUGCCACGCGUGCCAGAGCCCCUUGGACUGACUGCUUGCUUGCUGAGGAGAGUCACUUAGCAACCUGUGAAUUGUUGUUCGGCC